AUGAAUCAAGGCCUAGUUGUAAAGAAAUCAUUCUUUGUCAUUUCAUCCCAUGGCGAUGUCAGAGAUGAAUAUAAUUUUGUUCGAAAACUCGGAGAUGGCUCGAACGGUAGCGUUUAUCUUGGCAUCCAUCAAGUAACAAGCCAAGAGAGAGCAAUUAAGCAGGUCCUCAAAUCACGAAUUAAGGAUAAUCAAAGAUUUGAGCAAAAAAUUUCAAUUAUGAAAAAUUCAGAUCAUCCCAACAUUGUAAAGCUAUAUGAAGUCUUCGAAGAUAACCUCUAUAUUUACCUGGUUAUGGAAUUCUGCUCUGGUGGCGAACUUUUUAAUUACCUUAUCGAAAAUAAACAAUUGAAUGAAAGAGAAGCUGCUCAUUUAUUCCACCAAAUUCUCAAUUUGGUUCGUUAUCUGCAUUCUAACGAUAUUGUUCACCGUGAUUUAAAGCCAGAAAUUCUCCUUUUUGGAGAAAACCCUUAUCAAGGCUCUGAUUUAAAACUUUGUAAUUUCGGAUUAGCGAAAAUAUUUUCAGCUGGAUCAGAAGCUUUUCCCACACGGACAGGAACAUGCUUUUAUGCUGCUCCUGAAAUUUUAUCGAGAGCAGGCUAUGAAAAAAGUUGCGAUUUGUGAAGCUGUGGAGUGAUUUUAUAUAUAAUGCUGUGUGGAUAUCCCCCAUUCUAUGACAGAACAGAUGCAGGAGUUAUGGAAAAAGUUCAAAAUGGGAGAUAUGAUUUUGAGGGAAGAGAAUGGGACUACGUCUCACUCUUUUUCAGUUAAAGAGAACAGUUUUUUGUUGCUAAUAAACAAUUUUGUAUAAAUAGUUAGCAUUUUUAAUAUAUACUAUAAAAUGUGAAAAGAAAUUUUAAAUCUAUUGCAAUUGUAAUUGGUUAAUUCUAAAACAUUUACCUUCAGAAGAGGCAAAAAAAUAAAAAAUUCAGCUAAUAAAAAUAACCUAAAACAAUUUUUUAAGAAAACCUACAGAUUAUGUUUGUUAUUAAAGCAAUAAGAGUUAGAGCAAGCGAAGGAUCUUAUAAGAAAUUUACUUGUUUUAAAUCCUAAUCAAAGAUAUACUGCAGAAGAAGCGUUGGCUCACCCUUGAAUUACAUCAAAUAACAUAUUGCCUGAUCGGCCUUUGUGUCUCAGAUUGGAAAACUUGAGAGAUUUUGUUGAAGGAAAUAGACUGAAAAAAGCCAUUCUCAUGUGUAUAGCCUCCCAAUGCUCUGAUGCUGACUUAAGAGGCCUAAAAGACGCUUUCGCAAAGCUUGAUACGAAUGGAGAUGGAUCCUUAACUAUUGAAGAGCUUGAAAGAGGGUUGAAUACAAUCCCAGGAAUUUCUUCAAGUGUAUCUGAAAUAAUGAGAGGACUUGAUGUUGAUAAAAGUGGAGCUAUUGACUACUCAGAGUUCUUAGCAGCUACACUUGACAGAAGCAUUUACAUGCAAGAAGAUAGGCUUUACUCGGCAUUCAAAACUUUUGACCUUGAUGGGAGUGGAAAAAUUUCAGCUUGAGAGUUGAGUAGAAUCCUCGGAAAAGAAAGAGCUGAUGCUUAUAGCGGUAUUUGGGAUGACAUCAUACGAGAGGCUGACACUAAUUGUGAUGGAGAAAUUGAUUUCAAUGAGUUUAUUGAACUCAUGAGCCAAAGAAGAUUAAAUUCAUUUAGAUUCUAA